GCAACUCUACCGUUCUGACCUGAUGAGGUUAGUUUACAGCGGCUUCGUGGAGUUGAACGUGUAGAAAAACGGUACAAGGCACCGACGGGAUCGGCGGCACCGCACAUGCGUAUAUAGCCUACCAACAAAUCACAAUUCGGGCGGCAAGCGCUAUCCUCGACAGCAGACGGCCAAGACGUAACGGUCGACGGAGUGUCAGAGGGAACCGUACCUUUAGAUUCGAGCGGCGUCGUGCAGUUGAGCGUUUAGUAUUGUGAAGAAACGAAUAGUUUAAUGAAAACUAGAAAAAUGAAUAGAAAAUUCUCUCCGGAAGAUGAUGAACUAUUGAUAGGUUUAGUGAGACAACAUCCACCAUUAUAUAAUGUAACACGCAGAAGAUAUAAAGAUUUGGUACUCAAAAAUAAUAUCUGGGGAGAAAUAGGGGUGAGAAUGAAAAGAAGCGAAAAAGCAUGCAAAACAAGAUGGAAGAAUAUCCGUGAUAACUACCAGAAGAGAAAACGGGAAUUGAUGAAAGGCCAGACAACUGGCUCGGCCAGAAAUACCCAGAUGGAAAAUUUUCUUGCUAAAUAUAAAGACUUGACCUUCCUUGAUAAUACUACAAUCGUAGAGUAUGACGAAAGUGAUGAAAAUAGCGAAUCACAAGAUAUACAAGUAGAUGUAGAGGAAUUUCAAGAUCCAGUUGACUCCAAAGCAUCUGAUGUUACUCAGAACUUCAUUAUCACCAAGGAAUAUCAUGAGGACCAAUUAUCCACAAUCGAAGAGGCUGAUGCAAAUAUUGCUUGCAAGAGGGAAAGAAGGUCAGUUUCCAAAGAACGAGAACAAGUAAAUGAAGAAAUUAAGAAAGGGCGAAUUGAAAGAACACUGCUGGUGAAAGAUGUGCGGAGCCAACCACGAAUUGAUACAAGAGAGGAGGAAACUCCAAUUUCAACUUUUUUUCGCAGUAUUGCGCUGACAGUUGAGCAACUUCCUCCAGACCUACAGACUAGGGCAAAAGUAAAAGUUUUGCAAGUAAUUUCAGAACUAGAGUUUGAACAGCAGGGAAGAAAAUUCGGUUCUGGUUCCCAACCUUCUACAAUUGGAUAUAUUAUUGGACCUCUACCGACGAAUCGAUAACAGUCAAGUUCUAGUGGAGCUUCCUAUAUAACAGAAUUUUCUCCACAUGUCGGCCGUCAUAUCUUCAAUGCAACUGUAAAUAUCUCAUUUAAGCAUUUCAUUAUUAUUAUUAUUAUUGACGAUAUUGAGUUUAUUUUUGUAAUUGUAAAAAAUUUUAUAAAAUAGGUACGAGAAAAUUUUCAUGGAAUGUU